AUGGCCUUCGGAGCAAAGCUCGAGGGCGGUUCGUCUAGUGCUCCGCACCGUAGCGUAAUUUACGGAUACGCUUGCAGCGUAUACGCUUACGCACCGUAUCCGUAUACGCCGUAUACGCCGUAUACGGAAGUAGCGUAUCGUAUAUGGGUCCUGCUGACCCAGUUUACGCCCGUAAUUAUACGCGCGUAUGCGUAUCCGUGGGAAAUUUUACGCGCGUAA